UUAUCAAAUGGGUAACACAGCAGGAAAGAAGGCCACGUUCGGCCUGACUCCACAGGAGAAGAAAAUCAUUCGCGAGACUUGGAAAAUCGUCAAAAAAGAUCUCGGCCGAAAUGGGCUGGUUGUAUUCGUGAUAUUCUUCCGGGACUACCCUCACAAUUUGAAAUACUUCCCUUUUAACAUCGAGAAUCUCGAUGAUUUGGAACGCGAGCCCUUGGUGAAGCUGCACGCAUUGCGCGUGAUGCGUGAGUUGAACUACUGUGUGGAAAACAUGGAUAAACCCGAGAGUCUUCUCUACGCCCUGCGACAGAAUGCUCUGAACCACCGGAAGCGCGCAAUCCAUCGCGCUGCUUACGACGAGCUGCGCUUAUCUAUGCUCAAAGCCCUGGGCCACCAGUUGGGUACCCAGAAGUUCAAGCCGGAAGCAGAUAUGGCCUGGGACAAAGCACUGCGCGUCCUCUUUCAGGUCAUCACCGAUAUCAACGACGAGAAGAAGUGCAUCUGCCCGCCGCCGUCGCGUGCCCAACACGCUCCUACUGACCCGAAUGCUGCUGGUACCUCAAAGAAGUCCAAGUAAAGCCACCAAAAGAAACAGGAGAUUUUUGAUUUAAUUUUUUCCGACUAUGUACAAUAAAUCAAUUGCGUAAUUUU